UGAAGAAGUGCCGCACUGGGAGCACCUCACACUUGAGGUGCGAGAUGAUAGAAGAUUGAAUGUUGCGCCCAGGCAACUCCACUAUGAGGGAAGGGAGUGCGCCGACACUGUCUGCUCUGGUCGACAACGUGAAUGAAGCGGGGAGCAUGCAGACGCAAGGAAAUCGCUGCGAGCACCGACCUUCGGUGUCCGUCCGGAUAGUCCUCUACAUGGUCACCUUGUUAGUGGCGGCACACAUGAUCACCAGCACAAUGCUUUACGCUUAUCUCUCCAUCAAAUUCGACAAGGUGGAAAGGGACUCGGAAUUUCGGCUUCCUGGACACACAGCGGAGCGACGAAAUCAAAGCCUGGCCGACGCCGAGCUGUUUCUGCAGAGCAUUUACCAGGUCCUGCAGCACAGAGCCAAGGAUCAUACAGGGCCAGAGGGUGGUGUCUUCAACGCACAGAAAGGUGACCAUCCAGGGGGACACAGGUUCCACAGCCCCCAGCGUACUGCAGCUCACCUUAUUGGCAUCACACCAGGGGAAAGUCCACCAGGGACCACUUUUCCGUGUGAGAAAGGGUCUCCGAUCAAAAAGUGGAUGGCUGCAGAUUUCCCCGCGUUUACGCACAACAUCAACUACACCAGCGGUAAGCUAGUUAUCACCGAGCCUGGUUUUUACUAUAUCUAUUGCCAGGUUAGUUUUCGGCUAACCAGUGGUAAGCCCGAGAGAAAAUCGAACGUGCCUUUUGUUCAGUACAUCAAUCUGCAAAGAGACCCGACACAAUCUAUAAUGCUGAUGAAGGCUUCCAAAACGCCCAUGGAUAAAAGCCAAGCUUCCAGCUUCAACUCUGUGAACCAGGGCGGAGUCUUUCAGCUGAAGGAGGGAGACCAGCUCUUUGUAUCCGUGACCACCACAGAUUUGCUCAGUUAUGACAUCGCCACCUACUUCGGCACUUUUCGGCUUUAGUUCGUUCUGAGCCCAACCAAGGCAGCCGCCAGUGGCGGCCAACGGACUCCUCACACCAGCGGGGCUUCCUGCGACCCUGAGUCUAGCCUGCUACAAUAUCCCACCCUUGCACACCCUCGGUGCAAAACGAAAUACUCAAACGUUCACACUUUCAUAAUCAUCACUCAGUCUUGAUGAGUGACCUCUGCACUCUUCUCCGCAUCCCAGUGAAAACCACGCCAGCUCUCUCGUUUCCCUUUGUGGAUUCUGAAGGACAUGGACUACAUUUUCAAAACGUCGUAGGCCGCCCAGUGUCUGGGCUUCGCCGCCACACAUCUGGGUACCGUUCAGUUUUCGGGGAAUCAGGUGUUCCUUGCCGAAGGAUACAGGAAAGCCGAUCUCUCCGGGAUGAAUGUUGCUCCUGUUGUCACCAUUAGCUAACUUUCUCAGCUCCAUGCUUUCUUUCUGUGGCAAACAGCCCGAACUUCCCCCGAAAUCUCCAAGUGUGUUUGCACGAGAGAGGUGUGCCCGUGUCAAAGCGAAACGAUUUGUUCCACGGGAUUUGUGAUUUGACAUGCCGCCUUUUGCAAGGAAUGUCUGCAAGAAUUGACUUGGCGGCUGACAUCCGCUGCACACCAACAUGAAGGCGGCCUGCAGUUCGUAAACAGAAAACCGCAACCCGCACCAUCAUGGCUACAGCGGGUACUGCUUAACUUGUCACCGAGUUCCUUUAGCAUUUCUCUGAGUAGAACUUUAUCAAAUCGGGAGUGAUGAGAAGUGAUGGAGUCUACCCCGUGACACAGGAGGAUCACUCCGAGACCCUCGGAAAACGACGAGCGUUACACAUGGAGUAUUUCUCAGCAGCAACAAACGAGAAGGAAAAUUAAAAUAUUUCAGUCGCUGUGUGGAUAAAACAGUUUUAAAUAGACACACAGCCUAUUCCAUUGUCUUUGUGAAGUGGUUUAACAAUUGAAGCGAUCUCUUUGAUAAGGUGAAUCGAAGCAGAGGUACUCAGGAAGUGGAGCUCUCAACAGCCGAGCGAGUAUUGCUGAAGAGCGCUAGUGUUAUUGAAAAGUAAUGUUCCGUGUGGACUCACCCCUCACUUUCAUCCUAUUGAUCAGGCAGCCACAUGUAACAUCCUGGCUGUUAACCUGCAGGCCACACUGCAGAGUGCCGGCACCGAGCGCUGAAGCCCCACAGCCAGGCGCCAAGCAAGGCAGCAACAUCGUUCAAUGCACAAACCUCAAAGUAAAUUCAUUAUCAAAGUGCACAUAUGCCACCAUAAACAACCCUAAGAUUCAUUUUCUUGCGGGCUUUCAGUAAGUACAAAGGUACAAUAAACCACACCCCCAGCUAAAUAAUUAUAAUAAAUAAAUUAGCAAUCAAUAUCGAGAAAGUGAGUCCAUAGAUUGUGGAAGAAGUUCAGUGUUGGGGUAAGGGAAAUUAUCCCCUUUGGUUCAAGAGUCUGAUGGUUGAGGCUCCUGUAACUCCUUCCUCAUGCAAGAAGAGAGCAUGUCCUGGGUGGUGGGGGUUCCCUAGUGAUGGAUGCUGCUUUCCUACCACAACGGUCCUUGUAGAUGUGUUCAAAGGUGGCGAAGGGUUUACCCAUGAUGAACUGAACCCUGUCCACCCCAUUCGGGAGGCUUUUUCAGUCAUGGGUGUUGAUGUUCCAUACCUGGUUGUGAUGCAGCCAGUCAAUAUACUCUCCACCACACAUCUAUAGAAGUUUAUCAAAGUUUUAGAUAACAUGGCAAAUCUUCACUGACUUCUAAGAAAAUAGAGGUGCUGCAGUGCCUCUUAGUAAUUGCACGUAAGACAUGUCCUCUAAAAUGAUAAUGCCAAAGAAUUUAAAGAUGUUGAUUUCCUCCCUGCCCCCCCCCCAUGGGUCGCCCAAAGUACUAUCUAUCCCCUGAUGCCCUCUGUGAAAUGUGUGUUCUGACAUUAUCCCUGAAAAUUUUACUCUGGGUGUAGGAUUGUGAAUGUUGUUUUGAAAAAAUGCUAAAUGGAAUUCUUUGUUUUAGGGAAUUCUGAAGAUGUUUGUAUUUUAUUUAUCAUUUAUAUUCAGUAAGUUGAUCAUGAAAUAACACGUGGAUUUCAAACUGACCUUAGGAGCCACAUGUUGUUUGUGAUUGGUGUUUAAUAUUAUUGUUAAGCUAUUUAUUUCAUUAGAUUGUUCACAUUUUUAUUCAUUGUUUCACAGUACUGCUCAUUUUGUGAAUAUUUAUGCAACAAUAGCUACUUUAGUCUUUUGUAAACUUAAAUAAUAAAUAUUGUCUUAUUUUCUGUGAAUGAAUAUAUUUUUUCUUGUGUAUUAUCAGGGUCAAAAUUAUUUAAAUCUAGCUGUGGCUUAUAUUUUGGAUAGACUGGGUAGGCAGGUUCACAACUUUAGUCUGCUUCCCAACUCUAUUGGGUGAUUAUCAGCUCAAAGGGUGGCAGAAAGUCAUUGAUGGAAAUGUCUGCACAGGUUGAUAAGGGGGUGAAGAAGGCAUAUGACAUGCUUACCUUUAUUAGUUGAGGCAUUGCAUUCAGAAGUCAGUAAGUUAUUUUGCAGUUUUAUAAACCUCUGGUUAGGCUGCAUUGGCAUACAAUUCUGGUGUCUCCACCGUGGGAAGGUAUUUGAGGCAGAGGAGGUUUACCAGGAUGCUGCCUGGAUUAGAGAGCAUGUUUUAUGAGGAAAGUUUGAGUGAGCUGGGGCCUUUACUCUUUGGAGCGAUGGAGGGUGAGGUGACUUGAUGGAGGGUGAGGUGACUUGAUGGAGGUGUACAUGAUGAUAAGAGCUGUAUUUCAAGUGGACAGCCUGAAACUUUUUCCCAGGGCGGAAAUGGCUAAUAUGAGAAGGUAUAAUUUUAAGAUAAUUAGAGGAAAGUUUUGGGAGGAAGUCAAAGAUAAGUUUUUUUAACACAGUGGCAGGUGUGUGGAUCACACUUCUAGAGGUGGUGAUGGAGGCAGAUACAUUAGGGGCAUUUAAGAGACUCAAGGCACAUGGAUCAUAGAAAAUAGUGUUAUGUAGCAGGGAAGGGCUAGAUUAAUCUUAGAGUAGGUUAAAUGUUCAGCAUGGCCAUAAGGCCUCUGUUGUUCUGUACUUUUUAAUUCUCUAUGUUCUAAGCCUGAACUAGUCCAUGGGUGCUGCUCCUGACAUUACCUGGUUUGCCCCUCUGGUCUUCCCAUGUGUGCCUGCUAUCCUACUCUCAGUAAUCAUUGGGGCAUCUCACCAGUCAGUCAGACUCACCACUGAGCAGCUACUCAUGGUUUGAUCAUUCGAGUCACAGAAGACCUAUAAAGUUUGUUGGAUAAACCAUUAAACACAGUAACUUGAAAUGGAGAGCAACAACAAAUGGUAUAUUCUACUGUGAAUUACAGAAGUAUUUGCACUGGCUCCUGACAGAAACCCAAGGUGCAGUCAGUCACACUGGCUUCUGAAGAUUGCAGUAACAAUGAGGAAAGGUAUUGCUCAUCCCAAGAAAAGGAGAAAGAAUAAUAUCCCAAAGUAGCUGAUAGUCUUUACUUCAGCAGGUCAAGUUUUUUGCUAAAAGAUUACCUUUUUAGAAAUUUGAGCUUUCUGCAGGAUUUUAAUUUGAAACAAGUCCCAGAGAAAGAGAUUGCAUCAACUUUCUUGUCUUUACCUUUCGUUUAAUGGUUUGGAUUCAGAAACUUAUUUGAUUCAAAUGUGAACAAUGGUCGGCACUUCCUGAUUUACGUUAUUGCUCACUUGUACUGCAUUCUGAUUAGUCUGUACAACAGGCCUUCCUGUGUCAAACCACAAAGCAAAUAAAACUUUUUUUACUUC